ACAGAGUAGACGUUGAAAUUGCAAGACGUGUGCAGGAUGAAGGCGCCAAAAACCCUGCAUGCUAGCGUGAUGGUGUGUCACCGAAACCCUACCGUGACGUGUGUUCGUGUGCCUUGAUGCGCAAGCGACCGGUCUUCAAUGCGAGACUCUGAUUUGAUCGCGGAACCGGCGCGUUGCGGGGGCACUAUCUCAGUUAUGCGAGUAUUUCCAUACUUACAAUAGGGUACCCCGCGACAUAGCUAAAAGGAAAAAGGAAAACACUCCCUUGUGUUUUGGUGACGUGAUGAGAACGCGUACGAUUGCUUGGGCUGCGAUGCACUGUUCUCAGUAAUGCACAGAGCAAUGAGGGAUAAGAAAGGCAGCGUUAAGGGCCGAGAAGAGACAGAUCGCGUUCGAGUUUUCGUCCGUGUUCGUCCAAGGAGCGAAGAUGAAGUGCGACGAGGCGAGCCACCCGGAGUAGAGGUCAUCCCCAUCAGGAACGAGAUUGUUCUCGUGGAUGGAAGGGAGAGGCGGUUCGUGUUCGAUGCGGUCCUUCCACCAGCUGCCACAAAUCGCCAGGUUUAUAGCUAUGCCGGAAGGCCUCUUGUGGAUGCUGCGUUUAGCGGAUUUAACGGCACACUGAUGGCUUAUGGUCAAACAGGCACAGGUAAGACAUACACGAUGAUGUCACGUGACGGGGUGUGCAUGCAGAUGGUGCAUAAGCUGUUUAGGAGGCUUGUGAAGGAUCAGCAGCACGAGUAUAAGGUGUGCAUGUCGUACCUUCAAAUCUACCAGGAGAAGAUUUACGAUCUGCUCAACUCGAACCACAAACUCGAGAUGGUGCUUAGAGAGGACCCGAAGAAAGGCGUGUACGUCGAGAACCUGACGGAGUACGUUGUGAGAAGUGCAGAUGAGGUCAUGUCUCUGAUGAGAUCCAGCAAGAAGAGACUCAUCUUCGCAGAGACGCGCAUGAACCGCCUCUCCAGCAGAUCUCACUCCGUCUGCCAGAUCACCAUACAAAGAUCACGAGGAAAAAAUACUCCUAAAAACGGCUCAAAGUCUACCUCCAGCCCGUCGAUCUCACGUCAAUUAAAGUCUUCGAGCCCCAAAUCGGCAGACGCCACGCCUCCAAUGGACAAGAAAAAAGACCACUAUUCUAAUAGCGACUCCAAGAUCCCUCUUAGGCGUCAACACAGCCUGCCCGACCAAAAGGCUUCCUGCAUUCCCCAGCCUUCAGCGGGGGCACUGAAACGAACAUCACCCGGGAGAUUUAGUAACUCUCUGACGUCACUUCCGGAUGCAGACGGAGGUUAUAGUAAACACAAGAAGCAAUUGCUUCGAGACCCUCGAUCGCGGAGGCGAUGCCACAGCGACUACGAGACAGAGGAUAGUGACUUCAUGGAGUCUGAGUCGGAGCUCAGUAUCGACCCUCUGCUGCGGCCAACAGGUUUGCCUGACGAUCUCUAUGAAGAAGGUGAGUCAUUCGCGGACGAACUCGAAAAAGAGGGCGACGACGAGGAAUUCCUGGACUCCAUCAGGAUCAUCGAUGACGUGGUUACCAAGGGAAAACUGAACAUCUGUGACCUUGCGGGGAGCGAGCGCGUUAAAAGGGCCCAGGUGGAGGGUGAAAGACUCUCAGAGCUGCAGCACAUCAACUUAUCACUGCUGGAACUAGGUAACACGAUCCACGCGCUGUCUGAGGGUACCCGGACCCAUAUCCCGUUCCGCAACUCCUCUCUGACGCGACUUCUGCAGGACAGCCUUGGCGGAAACUGUAAGACGAGCUUCGUGAUGUGCAUAUCUCCCACCAACGCGGACAAGAUGGAGACGCGGUGCACUCUAGAGUUUGGCCAGCGGGCCCUCAAAAUCAAGAACGCUGCGCAUGUUAACAUGGAGAUUGAUCAUGUUAAGUUAGCUGCCGACUUGAGGAAGAGGCUACAAGCCUUAGAGCUUGAAAUGAAAUCCCAAAAAGACGUAUUCGACAAGCAACUUAUGGCCUUGAAAACCGAUCAGAGAGUUGAACUGUCGGAGAAGGACUCGCUCUACGAGAAUGAGAAAACCCAGGCGCAAAUGCAGGUACAACAACUACAAACAGAGACUGAAAACUUGCGGAAACUUUUGGAAGACGAAAGAAGACAGAAAAGCUUACUCGAGCAGACGAGGAACUUGGAAAUGGAGUCUAAACUUCAGGAAGAGAGGGAAAAUAUCGGAGCGCUUAGCGAGCUGCGAACAGAACUUGAACACCUCAGGAGAGAAUUGCAGGCGGAAAAACGGCGAUCACUAGCGCUCGAGCAACGAGAAAGGGAUAUUCUAGAACAGUCAAUCGCAGGCGGUUCGCAUGGACUGAGCGAAACAGAGGAUGUACACAAAGACGCGGGGGAUAUAGAAUUGAGUGAGGGACAUCGGACGAAUUGUCAAUCACCGGAACAUCUCGCACCGCAAUUCCCCCAAAUCCCAAUAGACAGCCACCACACCUCGACCGACACCCUGUACAAUGUACUCCUCGCUGAAAUCAUGUCGCUGCAGCUUCUGUACCAAAUGCAGGACCUCGCGGACUCUUGCGGUCACGUGACUCUACAGUCACGUGACAGUGGCUGGGCGGACAGCGAUGAGGAAGCGCUAGGGAAUGUCGGGAAGAGUUUACUUGAAAAAGGUGGGCUGAUACUGAACAGUCUGCGCAACGUCCAUGCCGUGGAUACUAUUUCGUUUGCCAGCACGGAGUCCCUUAGGGAAGCGUUCUUGUUCCCUUUAUCGCCAAAGGCUUCCAAAGCAAAGAGCUCGGUCAGAACUAAUAACAAUGUGUCGCGCGAGCUACAUUACGAGGGCCAAGACCCCAAACCUUAUACACCAGUGAAGUCCGCUAGCAGUGCAUUCCUAUUGGAAGCCAGGGGGCUGGAGUCAGCCUCGACUUCAAGUAUGGGGUCUUUCUGCGACCAUGAACCUUUGAGCCCACGGGCUCAGCGUCAGCCGAGUGACAGCGGUUGUAGCUCGCAGCAUAGCGGAAUUGAGUUGUCUCCUGUGGAGCAGAAAUCAAACUUACACAAGGAGUUCAGCAGGCGAGCUGCAGGCUCAAACGUCUGCGUCCCUCUUGCAGAGGAAGACGACGAGGUCUCGGAGCCCGACGCAGCCACGGAGGAUAAAGAACAUUUCCGACUGUUAACCGAGAAAGUAUCGACUUUAGAGCGUGAUCUGUUAAAGCUCAAGGAGGAGAUGGAUAGUGAGAUUGUCGGGUUCUUCUCGACCGUGUUCCUCGUGGAGGUCGAUAACAACAAUGUCCAAGACUCAUCCCAGAUGCGGCACUUGAUGGAUUGUGUACAGGAACGGCUUCUUAGAGAAAUCAUCGACCAAGGUCCUGGCCCGGAUAAGCUGUGUCUGUCGCUGCCAGUACUGGAGCAGGCCCUCAACUUGCUACUCGUCAACAAGACCCUGAUGAGCUGUAUCCUCGUGCUACAGAAACGCAAGAGUACCAGUAAAUCACGGUCAAGCUUACCACAGGUUGACCAGGAAGUCCAGACAGAAGAGGAAGUGAAACUUGUGCGGCGUAAGCCCAGGAAAGGGUUGUUCUCACGCACCUCAAAACAUGCCGCAGUUUUGACGGAGCCCUGGCCGUGGAGUCCUGGACACCAUCAGGAAUGUCAGACAAGCGUUGAGCGCCUAGCAAGCUUACCCACACGGGAUGAUCGCAUGGACUCCCUGUGUUCAACUAAAACUAACGAGGACUGGGUUCAGAUCUUACAAGAGGAAGCUGCGUCAUCAGAGAUGGAGCGUAACCCGGAUGGAGCGUCGCGAGCCGGCACUCCGGUUUGCGGUAGCGAUAUGAAUGCACGUGACGACCACAUGGCAAACAGUUCAGAUGAGGAGGAAGAUGCGAGGGGAAGCAAAAAGAAAACGAAAAAAAAGUUUGGGAUUUUCGCGUGUCUAGCCCCUAGAAUGUCCAUGAGGAAGCGAAAGUCUCAGAAAAAUCCGCCAGAGCCACAGCAAGCAGAAAGAGCAGAAAAGGAGACCCUUAUAAACUAGCAAUUUGUCAUGCAAAUGGUUAGAGCCGGCACAGAAUUUGAUAACUUGUAAAAACAAAUAUGCUCCACAAAAUAUCACGCCACCACACAAAGUCUACCGUCUGAUAUCCAUUCUUUUUGCAUUAAGAAAAACGCAAUAGAUAGUUUUAAAUGCACUGAUUUUGUCUUACCCUUUUCUUGCAUAAACUGAGUGUCGAAUUCCCUGUACCGAUGAGUGUACAUUCCUUUAGAUUGAACUUAUGCAAAGGAAUCAUUACACUGCUAGAUACGAGGCAGACGAAAUGGGAUUUCUAGUACGAGUGCUGUUAAAUAAAAGAAAGGAAAAUA